CAUCAAACAGCCUCUAAGCUAAGGUUUAUUUCUCAUUUUCUAAACUUUGAUGUUUUUACAGCCAAUCGGAGCAGUGCAUCAGCUCUGCAUUGUUCACACCUACUUCUGUAAACAGCCUUUUUUCAGUUUGGUGUUCUGGUGGCCAGAGCUUCAGUCUGUAACCAGCUGGAAAGGAACUUGUCACACUUAGGAUUACUUCAUUGACUCUACAAAAUACUUGUAAUUAACUAUGGCAGAGCCUUUCAUCAGGCAUGUUCAGCUCCUUGGCUUCGAGAAAAGAUUCUUUCCCAGCCAGCACUAUGUUUACAUGUUCAUGAUAAAAUGGCAUGAUCUUACAGAAAAAGUUGUAUACAGAAAAUAUACAGAAAUGUAUGAAUUUCAUAAAGCACUUAAAGAAAUGUUUCCUAUUGAGUCUGGAGAUAUUGACAAAGAACACAGAACUAUACCUCAUCUGCCAGCACCAAAAUGGUUUGAUGGUCUGAGGUCUACAGAGAACAGACAGAUCACUCUGGCUGAUUACUGCCUGUCUCUGCUCAACCUUCCUUCUAAGAUCUCCCGUUGUCCUCAUAUUAUCAACUUCUUCAAAGUUAGAUCUGAUGAUGUAAACCCCACAUCGAGCAAUAACGGUCGAAAGCCUGAAACUUUCUUGCUGAAGCAAGAAGCCACAAAGAAAAAUGUGUCAGAUAUAACAGGUCCUAUUAUCCUCCAGUCCUAUCGAGUAAUUGCAGACUAUGAAAAGAAUUCUAAGAGUGAGCUGUCUGUGAAAGAUGGUGAUGUGGUUGAUGUGGUAGAGAAGACUGAGAAUGGAUGGUGGUUCUGCCAGAUGAAGAACAAACGAGGCUGGGUUCCAGCUGCUUAUCUUGAGCCUCUUGACAGUCCAGAUGAGUCUGAAGAGCAAGAUCCUAACUAUGAAGGGGAAUUGCAUAUUACUACAAAAGAUUUCACAGGAGAAAUGGAGGAUGAGUUGGAUGUAAAGGAGGGUGAGACAGUUGAAGUCAUUCACAAACUCCUUGAUGGCUGGUGGGUUGUCAGAAGGGGCAGUGUAACUGGCUACUUCCCUGCAAUGUAUCUGCAGAAGUCAGGGGAUGCUGUUUCUGGAGAUAGAAGCCAAAUGAAGACAAAGGCAUUGCCCCCCCGAAGAGGCACAAUUUCAAAUGCUAACAGCAUCCACAAACUGAAACGUAAGGAAAUCAGCCAGGAAUCGUACAGGAAAAACAGCAAAAAAUAUCUGAAAGCACGUCAGUCUACAAUUGAGGUUAUGGAGGCUAUGACUAUUGAUGAAGAAAAAGAGGAAGACCAAUCAAAGGCCCAACCUGCCAUUCCUGCACGGCCAAGCAAAGAGCUCAUUUUGGAUCGUUGUACAGAGAACACAAAGCUCAAGAUUCAAACCGUGACCUAAAUCUGUAUUUAAACCUUAAAUCUUUAUUUAAUGAUAUGUAGAUAUAUUAUUACCUCCAUUUAGGGAACAUCAACUCUCCAACACUGUUUUUUCAGAUAUCAUGUUGUUGCUCAGUUAACACCUGUGUACCUCAACAAUCUUUCUUUGUUGCCAGUGAAAACCACCUCCUCUCACAAUGGACAGAUUUCCAUUUAUUAAAAGCUAUGCCUUUUCAAGUGUUAUUCAGUAUUCAGAAGCAUGUUUAUCCCUGCAUAGAAUCUGGAUGUCCAGAAAAAGGUCUGUUUUGAUGUAUGUUCUAAUAUAUUAAAAUAUAUAAAUAAUCACUGUA